UGUGUGUUUCCUUGCCGGUGACGCUCAUUGGUGACGCUACACAACAAGGCAGCGUUGAACUAUAUUCACAAUUAAUAAACUCGCUGUUUUGUGACAGUUAUCUGGUGAUGUAGACUUAUUUUAAAGUUUUUUUUUUGUAGUUUUACUUUUUCCAUCCUGCAUCGGUUCCGGUUGCGUUUGGCUCAAACUGCCAGUUCACUCGAGGUGACGACCCGGCGUGGGUUCGGUUACUUGUGGUGAGCUUGGCCUCGGUCCACAAAACUUGUCCUUAACAUGGUUCACAACAAAGAUCCGGAACCUGAGCCUCUUAUCUACGGUUGUACCAGGACAGCCUCCGCGGUGCUGACCCAUUUCAUCUGCAUCGCCUUCACUGCAGGCAUCGCAGUUCUGUCUCGGCCCGGUUCAAGUUUGUUUUCCUGGCAUCCUUUCCUCAUGACCCUAGCGUUCUCCCUCUUCAUGACAGAAGCCAUACUCCUUUUCUCCCCCCAUGGCUCCCCGAUCAAAAGGUUUCCACACAAGACAAAGGGUCGUGUUCACUGGAUCCUGCAGUGCCUCUGUGUGUCCUGUGCAGUCCUGGGUUUGGCUGCCAUCUUUUACAACAAACACCUGAACGGUAAACCCCAUUUCACUUCCUGGCACGGUCUGCUGGGCCUGCUCACGGUGUGUGUGGUGGUGUUACAAUCUCUGGCAGCCGUGCCUCUUAUCUACCACUCGUUGGCCAAAGGCUGGUCCCUGGCGAAACUCAAACGCUACCACGCAGCGACUGGACUUGUCACAUACCUGCUCGGCAGUGGCAGCCUGCUCCUCGGUCUCAGCUCUGCCUGGUUCACUGCAUCUGUCAGGGAGUACACCUGGUACCUGUCAGCACUCUGCCCUGCUCUCGCUGCCCUCGUCAUGAUGAACCAAGUCAGCCGUGCGUACAUGGCCAAGAAACGGUUGCAGUCCUGACAGAAGACAGUAUCUGACUGACUGUGUCGACACUUUAACAAAAAAAACAAUCACUGAAAGUUUGCCUGUGAGAUUAAAUUAUUAGUCACAUCCAAUCAUCCAAUCAUAGGGAACUGAUUCCUGCAGCCACACGCCUAUUUGAAGGUCAAAUCAUGAAGUGCUAGUGCCAAAAGAAGAUAAUGAAAUGCUUUUUUUUAAUACACCGACUGACAUUUAGGUCACUGAGGUCAUGCAUCCUGUAUUUUGUUCUAACAUUUCACUGAGUGGUUUCUCGUAGUAGUUUUAAAAUUGGUAAUUCUCUACUGGGAUCACAAACAAUGCAAUGUGACGGUGGCACAGAACUGAAACCAUCACGUUAGUGGGGAAAAAGUUACAUAAUAUAUAAUAAAGGUUUUGUAAGCUUGCACAUUCCUGUUUGAGGUUUUUAGAUUCAUGUCCUCAGUGUUUCAGUUUAUGUUGAUAUUUCUCAGGUUGAUUGUUUUUCUGUCUUUUGACUAUUUAUGCUGCCUGCGAUUACUUAUUAGGAUUAUUAGGAUUACU